UCCAGAAAACAUAAUUUGCAGGCAAGAGGUCAGAAGGUGGUUGGUGUGGAAAAAGAUGCACCUAUUUCUUCUUUUUUUUGUAAGGCCGCGGGGUCAAAUCCGGCCCGCGACGUCCUCACACAGGUCAACUCUUGCUCAGUCCCAACAAUUGUGAUGACAGAAUUUGACCUAAAAAUGAGAAGAAGAAACAUUUAUAAGUAGGUCCCAAAUUUUAUUUUGAAAUAUUAGGGCCAGACAUCCAUGAGGCAUGUAAAUCCCGCAGUUUGAGCCCAAACGUCUCUGUGUGGACGCCGUUGAGGAGAAGUUCUUGUGUCAGCGGUUCCCGUGCGUCACUGCUGUGAGUAGUCGAAUGUGAAAAAAAAAAACAGACAGGGACACUUGAGGGUUAAGUGACAGGUCAGAGAAGCGAGGAUUAGAAGGCAAGAGUGAGACAUGUCUGUGUGUAACGGCCGCGUUUUAUUGUGGACACUGUGGAUGUGGACGUGGGACAUUCGCUGUGAUGCUCGAGUUGAAGAGGUGGAGAUUUUCCGUUUUGACCGACAGUCUACCGUGAAGUGGACGUUUGACCCACGUUUAGAGUGGAAUGAGGUGAAUCUGAGACUUGACGCAGAGGGUACGGUGCCCGUGCUCCAGGCUUGUCGACAAACAGUGACGAGAACGGCUCUGAGUCCGUGGAUUGAGCGCAAAGACGCUCACAAUAUACUGUUGGAUAUCACCUUUGCCCAAGAGGAAGAGCCCUCCGGUCCGCAGAGCCCUCUGGGAAUUCAUCUUUUUGACAGAGACACCCCGCUCACAAGGUUUCAGAGUAGCUGGACACCUCUGGAGUUCCACAACUCGGAGCCAUUUGCUGCCACAGUCCCUCAGCACCAAUUAUCCAGAUAUUUCAAGCAGCGCCAGGGUCUGAGCCUGGGCUCAGUCACACACAAAGGCUUACAGCUCGGCUUCUCCUACUCAGGCACUUGUGUGUUCAUAUCUUCCAUGAGACUGUACUACAGGAGGUGUCCUGACACUGUGGCCCACCUGGCCUCGUUUGGAAGCUCAGCAGCCGGCUCUGGCCUGCUGACCGGUUCCUGUGUGGUUGGGGCUGUGGAGGUAUCUCCGCCGGUUAGUGAGUGUACCCUGGAGGGAGCGUGGAAGCCAGUGGACGGGGGAUGUUCCUGUGAACCUGGGCAUCAAGUCAGGGGCGACACCUGUCAAGCGUGCGGGAUGGGCUACUUCAAACCAGCAACAGCCAAUGACAGUGCAGGAUGCCAGGUUUGCCCAGCCAACACCAGGACACACAGAGAAGGAUCAGAAAGGUGUGAAUGCGUGCCAGGAUUCAGCCGCCUGCCGACUGAACCUGCUGACGUCGGCUGUACCAAGCCACCCUCUGCCCCUGUGAAUCUGACGGCGCAGCAUCACAACGACUCCGCGCUGAUCAUGUUGUGGGAGCCUCCUCUUGACUGGGGAGGCAGACAGGAACUGACAUAUCACGUUAAGUGUGAGGAGGCAGCAGAGACUGGCAGUCGGUGGCAGUUGUGUGGGGACCGCGUUGAUUUCCUGCCAGAUUCAUCAGAGCUGACCAGCACAUCGGUCAGCAUCAUAGGAGUAAACCCACACCAUGACUACAGACUGUCUGUGCAAGCUUGGAAUGAUAUAUCCAGCCUGCAGGGGGCGCAGCAAGCAUCUACUGCCACUUUAACCAUUCAUAAAUGGAAACGUCCCAUCGUGGUGAUCACUGUGGGUCCAGGAUUAAACAUCUCAGAGGAGAAACUAUCACCAGCUCGUGUGCACGACAAACGCCCCUUCCUUUGGCUGACAGUCGGUGUUUUAUUGGGUAGCAUUCUGCUCAUGGUUGUAAUCUCCAUUGCGGUGUGUGCCCGGCGCCAAAAGCACACCAGACUGCGCUCAGACGAAGACCUAGAGCUUGUGCCAGUGACUGCUGAACAUUCCUACCGACGUCCACAGGUGGAGGAGGCCACAGCUCAGCAGACUGAUGGGGUGGAGGAGGCGGCCCACGUGUUGGAGGGGCUUGGUGGAAGCCUGUUGGCCAAUCUGAAGGAGGUUCUGGUGGAUAGAAACAAGCUGACCCUGGGGAAGGAGCUCGGCAAAGGACAGUUUGGUUUAGUCUAUGAAGGCCUUUAUACUCCACAGGAAGGUGAAGACAUGAAGGUCGCCGUGAAGACCAUGAAAGUUGGCAUCCACUGCCAGGGGGACCUGCAUGAGGUCCUGAGAGAGGCCGAGAUCAUGAGGAACUUUCAUCACGAAAAUGUGCUCAGACUAAUCGGAGUGACUUUACAAAGAGAGGAGGACUGCCCCCUGCUGGUUCCUCUGGUCUUGCUACCCUACAUGAAACACGGGGACCUGCGCCGCUUCCUCGUCGCGACGCGCUACGGUGACAUUCCUAUGUUUGUGCCUCAUCAGAGUCUCCUGCGCUUCAUGAUCGACAUCGCAGCAGGGAUGAACUAUCUGAGCUCUCAGGGCUUCCUGCACAGAGACCUGGCUGCACGCAACUGCAUGUUGGGUGACGACCUCAGAGUGUACGUGGCCGACUUUGGCUUGUCAAAGAAAAUCUACAGCAGUAAUUACUAUCGCCAGAAAGUGACCGUUCGUGUUCCAGUGAAGUGGAUGUCGAUGGAGAGUCUGUCUGAGUCUGUGUACACGACCAAGAGUGACGUGUGGUCGUUCGGGGUCACCAUGUGGGAGAUCGUGUCCCGGGGCAGGACUCCUUAUCCUGGAGUCAGCAACCACGAGCUGCUGGACGUGCUGCUGUCUGGACACAGGCUAAAACCUCCUAAGGAGUGUGACCACAAACUUUAUGAAGCCAUGACGAGCUGCUGGGAAAAGGAGCCCGACCGGAGGCCUGGCUUCGCAGAACUGGGCGAGACACUGAAAGGUCUUCUGUCUGAGCUGCCGGUCCUGGAGGCCAGCCAGGAGGCCAGCUACAUCAACCAGGGCCUGGAGGCGGCUGCUGCUGCUGCUGCUGCUGCUGUCGUCUAUCUGGAGCCACAGGCAGACUCUGGAGGAAGAUGUGAAAAUGUCUACCUGCCUUCACCUGUGGCUGCUGUAGCAGCCAGAGAUGACGGUGCGGAGGAAGAGGACGGAUACUUGCGACAUACUCACUCAAUCACUGAAGAAAAAGAUGAACUGUGAUAUAUAUACUUUCUUGCUGCUGGAUGGCCUUUUCUGCCUGGAAACUGAAGUUUCUCCCUGCACCAAACUCCAUAGAGAAAAUCCGUGAUUUUAGCUGGCGGAGACACUAGCACUGCUGGUCUGCUGCUGCCUCAUUUGGCAGGUUUGUGUCACUUAGGUAAAUCCAAUUGAAGAAUUUCAAACACAGAAGUCACAAAGUACCACAUUUGAACUGACUAAUGAAAGCGGCAGUGGAUUAGCAACUCCUUUGUGCAGUCAUGUAAAAUCGCUGAUUUUCUCUAUAGACUUUGGUGUAGGGAGUGAGCAAUUUGAACAUUUUUGGACUAAUGUUCAUUUAUUUACUAAUCUACUUUGAUUUCAAACCCUGCCUUUCUUUCUUGAGGUUAUUUGUUAAUUUUUAUAGAUAAUAAAAUCAUAUUAUAUUUUAUCAUGUAUAUAUUUCAAAAUGUUUUCAGACCAAAUUCCAGAAUUCUUGCUGUUAUAUUGACCAAUGAAAAAUACCGUGCGAGACACAUUUUUGCAGUGUUAUGUCAGCCAUUGUUUUCCUGUCUCUUUCCUGGCUUUGUUUGUGGACGAUUAGUCAGAAAAUUGUAAUUGUGAUAUUGAUUAUAGGCAUUUAUGAUUUAAAUAUUUGUUAAACUGCCAGUAAGUGGUUGCCUUUUUUACAUGUUGGUUUGUUUCUGUUUUUUCAAUCUUAAUAUGACAUGGAACUGCAGUUGGUUCAUGACCAUUGCUAAUGUAAACGCUUAAACUAAUGCCGUCUUCACAGAUCCUUCAUUCACAAAAAUGUCUUUAGAACCCAAACUACCCAAACAGAAGUAAGUGUGUAUUAAUGUUUUAUAUUUUCUAUUUUUAUAUGUAUAAAUUAUAUUUUAUGUAUUCAUUAUUUUUACAUUUCAUAAUAAACUACAAAUACCAGUA